CGUACCCGUGCUACACUUUUCAGUCGUUUGGCGCGAUUCUUAGCGGUAACAGUUAACCGAAGGAGAGCUUGCUUGUUCGCUGUUCGAGUUAGCAAAAGUUAGAUUAAGGAACAUUUUUCUUCAGCCAGGACACGAUAUUGCGUUUGCACGCGCGUGAAAAAGAUUUAAAUUCCCGAAUGGUCCCCCCCGCAGGUACUGAGACGAAUGUGGGCUGGUGUUGAAUCGUAACGCUGAUAGAAGGGAAGAUAACCUCGCGCAGCAAUUGCGAGGGAGAGAGUAAAUUAGUAAAUAUUUAUCUUUUCCGCCCGCGGAAGCCAAGUACCGACGUAGUUAAUUUAGAUGGUAAAUUGGCGGUGAAAUUGGAACAGUCGGGGAAGAAUCAUUACACCACCAUAAAAUUUACACAGGUCGGUGAAAAACGGGAACAGUGAAUUACCCCCGCAUCUGUGAGCUGAAGGAUUUUGGAAAGUACGUCGUGGUUUUCCGAAAUAGAUUUAUCGUAUCGACCAGUGUAGCUGAAAUUGUGCUAGGGUGAACUAAUUGAAUUAGUUGGUCAGUGCGAAUUGUUCCACCGCCGAGGUAGCAACAAAGUGGGCAAAGUUUUUCAACAGUCCUUUAAAAUUCCAGGUUUUCACAACCCAAGAGGAGGUGAUUUCAUGCCCGUGUCAUGCCAUUGUCGGAUAUCGGAGAGGAAAAGUCAACGUCCACUCGAGAAAACUGAGAGUGAACCCUAAAAAUAGCUCUUCCACUUGAAAAUUAAAAUAAAGUCUUAAGUGUGGAAUCAAGCACGACCGACGGCUACGGCAAAGUGAGUGGACAACGACAAAUCCGAGCAGGAGUGGGAGUAAGCAAAAGUGGGAAAAGUUAGUUGUGUUUUUUUUUUUGUUUUUGUCAAGUGAAGGGAGAAGUGCCAGCCUUACUACAGUGUAGUGUAAACAGCAACUGUCGUGCUUGUCCUCGUCCGUGAAUAAAAGUGUAAUAUUUACACCGAGAAAUCUGCUGAACAGCUGACGCUGCUCCGGCCCCGGUGGAUGCUGAUUUCGUGUCAGAAAGAAAAGUAGUGUGAAGAAAACUCUUUUUUUUAAGACGUGUGGCAGCAGCUGUUUCGUUUCGUAGAAACGAAAGGCGACCCAUUUGGGAGGAAGAAUUUCGACUGAGCUGGUUGGAUCUUCCGAAUUGCUUCAUUACGUCAACGUCACCGAACGUCACGAACGCGAACGCUACAAAAUGAGCCAGGAACAAGCCAAACUGGAUGCCAGUAAACAGGCCGCCAGCCCGGAUGAUCUGGAUGACCUCAGCCCGAUGCCACAGACCACGGCCCCACCGGUUCGGCGACGUGGCGGCAUUUCGGCCGAACCCGUCAGCGAGGAGGAUGCCACCAGCUACGUGAAGAAGGUCGUUCCGAAGGACUACAAAACAAUGGCCGCCCUGUCGAAGGCCAUCGCCAAGAAUGUCCUGUUUGCCCACCUGGACGAGAACGAACGGUCGGACAUUUUCGAUGCGAUGUUUCCGUGCAACUUCCUGCCGGGCGAGUCGAUCAUACAGCAGGGCGACGAGGGCGACAACUUCUACGUGAUCGACAUCGGCGAAGUGGAGGUUUUCGUAAAUAACGAGCAGGUAACAACAAUUAGCGAGGGCGGAAGCUUCGGCGAACUGGCCCUGAUCUAUGGAACUCCGCGAGCCGCCACGGUACGUGCCAAAACCGACGUCAAACUGUGGGGCAUCGAUCGGGACAGCUACCGGCGCAUUCUGAUGGGAUCAACCAUCCGGAAGCGGAAGAUGUACGAAGAGUUCCUAUCGCGGGUGUCGAUUUUGGAGAGCUUGGACAAAUGGGAACGACUCACCGUGGCGGAUGCACUGGAACCGGUUUCGUUCGAGGAUGGUGAAACGAUCGUGAGGCAAGGCGAGCCAGGGAACGAUUUCUAUAUCAUUGUGGAAGGAUGUGCCACCGUUCGGCAAAAGCGAGAAGAGAACGAAGAACCCGCCGAAGUUGGCCGUCUCGGGCCCAGCGACUACUUUGGAGAGAUUGCCCUGCUGCUUGAUCGUCCCCGGGCGGCCACCGUCAUCGCGCGGGGCUCGCUCAAGUGUGUCAAACUGGACCGUGCCCGCUUCGAGCGGGUGCUUGGCCUAUGCGCGGACAUUCUCAAACGAAACAUUACCCAGUACAACAGCUUCGUUUCGCUAUCGGUCUAAAAUCGGAAUUCUAGAAGUACAUAUUUAAACACACACACCCACACACUCACACAUCACUUACUACACACAAGAAGAAGAUGAAGAGGGAGCGAAAAUUUAUGAAAAUCAAAAAAAAACAGAACGGUCGAGCCAACACAAAAUAAUAGCCCAUGUUAUAAUUAUGUAUUAGGUUUAAUUUAUUUAGCAGAAUUGUGAAAAUUUACCAUCCUUUGCAUGAUCAAGUUCGAAUCAGUAGAAUGAGAAACAUAACUCAAAUUUUGAAACAUCUCUUUAAACAUUGUAGGUUUUUAUUUACGUGAGCGUGGGCCUUGCGAGACAUUCAUAUAGAACAAGUUUACUUAAUUUAGAAGUUAGGAGGAAGCGAUUAGCACAUUUUGACAUUUAAUUGCAGAUUACGGAUUAGUGAUUCUCUAUAAUGUAAUGAUAACAAAUAUAAUAAAUAACAACACAUCAUCGACGAGCCGAAAAGAAUUAUAUAGACAUCGUACAGACAGAUACACACAAACAACACAUGCCAGCAAAAUACGUUCUAUUAUAAACUAGCAUACAAGGAAACGCCGCCGAGUUUACUAACGCAGAGUUAUCCUAUUCUGAUCGUGAAACAUUAUUAGUGUACAAUACCAUUUGAAGAGAAGAAAAAAAAAUUACAAACACUGGAAAUAUUGUAUCUGAAUCGUUUUAAAACCGACAUGCUGUGAAGAAAAAAAAAGCUGCCCGCAGCAGUGGAAAGUAAUACUAGUUAGAUAUCAUUUUCUUGCAUCAUAUUUCAACUAAGGCAAAUAGAAAUUGAUGAACACACGACGAAACAAA